GUGUGUGUGCAGGAAAUGGAGGGUGAGAUCAUUGUAUGUGAAAGUGGCACUGAAGUAUCUUUGUUUGUUGAUUUCUUGUUGAAUGUUCCUUCUCUUUGUUUUUAUUCCUCUAAAUCCUCCUUUAAAACAUAUUAAACGUUUUCAAUCCUAUUAAAAGUUUUAAAUCGUAUUAAACGUUGGAUCUAAAAGUUUUGAACAUCGUGACAUGUUGUCUCUGAUCCUCGUGUUUGUGUGCUUCAUUUCUCUGUGUGUGCAGACUGUGGAGUUUAUGUCCAUAAGAGCUGCAGAGAGAGUCUGUCUGUGUGUUCAAAGAGCAAAACAAAGCUGCAGACUGCGGGGCUUGAAGCUGCUCCUGGAUCAGCUGUGAACAUGAGGAGUAAAUCGACAUCUUCAGCAUCGUCUGUAUCAUCAGCAUCCUCCUCGUCGUCACGGGAACGCUGGUCAACCACCACCACGCCCGACGACCAGCUUCCUGUGCUGUUUCCAUGGAGACACCCCAGCAUCUUCAACACACACAGCAACCUGUCCAAGAGCAUCUCCACCAGCAACAUAGCAGGGUUGGAUGAAGUUCCUCUGAAAGGACUCAAGUUUCUGUCUCAGUCCACCGACUCUCUGCAUCAGAGCAGCAAAGUCAACGCCUCCACCGAGUCCCUGACCGAUGAAGGCACUGAGAUGAUGGACAGUCAGCUGAUGGGAGAGUUCGAGUGUGACGGUAAAGAUCUGGAGGCGGACUCUUGGAGCGGCUCGGUGGAUAAGAAGUUCCUGAAGGCGCUGAAGAAAGACGAGAUAAAGCGACAGGACGUGAUCUACGAGCUGUAUCAGACAGAGUUCCACCAUGUCAGGACGCUCAGGAUCAUGGCCGAUGUUUAUUCUAAAGGUCUUCAGAAGGAGCUGCAGCUGGACACGCCCACUCUGGACAAGAUGUUCCCCGUGUUGGACGACCUGUUGGACGUUCACUCUGUGUUCCUCAGCCAGCUGCUGGAGAGGAAGAGAGCGUCUUCAUGUGAGGGACAAAACAACAACAGCUUCCUCAUCAGCAGCGUGGGCAGCGUCCUGCUGCAGCAGUUUUCAGGCUGCAGCGCUGAUCGCAUGAAGAAGGUCUACGGGAAGUUCUGCAGUCGCCAUAACGAAGCUGUGAACCUUUACAAAGAUCUGCACGCCAAAGACAAACGCUUCCAGGCCUUCAUCAAGAGGAUGAUGAGCAGCAGCAUUGUGCGCAGGCUCAGUAUCCCAGAAUGCAUCCUGUUGGUCACUCAGAGGAUCACCAAGUAUCCUGUUCUAAUCCAGAGGAUCCUGCAGCACACCAAAGAGUCAGAAGAGGACCACAGCAGUGUGUGUGAGGCUCUGCGCUGUGUGAAGGAGCUCAUCACUUCUGUGGACAGUAAAGUCAACGAGCAGGAGAAGAAGCAGAGACUGAGGGAGGUGUACAGCCGCACUGACAGUAAGUCCAUCAUGAGGAUGAAGAGCGGUCAGAUGUUUGCUAAAGAGGAUCUGAUCAGAGGGAGGAGGCUGCUGCAUGACGGAGCGCUGCAGCUCAAGAACUCAACCGGACGUCUCAAAGAGGUGCAGGCCAUGCUGCUGUCUGACGUGCUCGUGUUCCUGCAGGAGAAGGACACCAAAUAUGUGUUCGCCUCUUUGGAUCAGCGCUCCACAGUCAUCUCUCUGCAGAACCUGAUCGUCAGAGAGGUGGCCAACGAGGAGCGAGGACUCUUUCUGAUCACGGCGGGCAUCGAGAGGCCGGAGAUGGUGGAGGUGCUCGCCAGCAGCAAGGAGGAGAGAAACACGUGGAGAGCUAUCAUACAGGACGCCAUGCACUGCAUAGAGAAAGAUGAAGACGAGGGAGUCCCGAGUGAGACGGAGGAGGAUCGGAGACAGCAGGAGAGCAGAGCCAAGGAGAUCAGAGAGCUGCUGCGUCAGAAGGAUGAGCAGAUUGUCUCUCUGCUGGAGGAAAAGGUUCACAUCUUCAGAGACCUGGGAGACUGUAGCCCCGCCCCCGACGACAGGACCCCACCUGUCAGAGAGCGCAUGUUAUUCAGGGCCACUGCUGAUGAUGUCACAAAAGGGGAGCCAAUCAUAAAGGACGCUCUGAGGGAAGGUGAGCAGGUUGUGUGUCUCAGAGAUUGUGUGUGUGUGUGUGUGUGUGUGUGUGUGUGUGUGUGUGUGUGUGUGUGUGUGUGUGUGUGUGUGUGUGUGUGUGUGUGUGUGUGUAAUCUGUCUAAUGUGUGUGCAGUGGAGACGCUGAGCGCUCUGGUCCAAAGUGGAGUAGGUGGAGCAGGGUGCAGUACCGCCGGCGGCCUGACAGGGGGCGGUGUUGGCCCUGUGUGUCUGCCCAGGAGAGCUGAGACAUUCGGAGGCUUCGACAGUCAUCAGAUGAACAUCAGCAAGAAUGGAGAAAAGGAGGAGGGGGAUGAAUCACUGGACCUCCGCAGGACUGAAUCAGACAGCGUGCUGAAGAAGGGAGCCACAGCCAGCCUGCAGAUGCUGCUGAAGAGAAACAAUG